AUGACUUCUAGUUCUUCUUCCACCACAUUUUGUACUUCCAUGGCUUCUUCUUCCUUAGUCACUAUUAAUGCUGCCGCCCAACUCCCGUUAAAACUCACCUCUCUAAAUUACUUCUCUUGGAGAGCACAAUUUCAUUCCUUAUUUUAUGGCCUCGACCUUCUUGGCUACUUGGAUGGCUCCAAUCCAUGUCCUUCGACUACUACACCAGUAAAUGGUGUUCAAACUCCUAAUCCAAAUCAUGUAUUCUGGCGCCGUCAAGAUCAAUUAAUUCUUCAUUCUAAUUUUGCCUCCCUUAGUGAGGAUGUCAUUCCCCUUAUCUCAUCUGCCGCCACAAGUCAGGAGGCCAGGAAUCGUUUGCAUCGUCUAUAUGCAAAGCGAUCUACCUCUCAUGUUAUUCAUCUUAAGGACAAACUCUCUUCGAUUACUCGGGGCGCUACCUCUGUGACAAAUUUUCUUCUCUCAAUUAAGAAGAUCGCUGAUGAACUCACCGUUCUUGGAAAUCCUCCGAGUGACGCCGACUUGCUUAUCUACACGACCCGUGGCCUUGGACCAGCCUACAAAGAACUAAUCACGGCCCUUCGAACCCGUGACUCAGUGAUUCCUUUUGAAGAACUCUUUGAUAAAAUCAUUGACCAUGAAUCAUUCUUGUUGCAUAAUGAGAAAACUACUCUUGAACCAACACCACCAACAGCCCAUCUUACCACCCACUCGCCUAGCUUUCGUCAUACGAAACGAGCCUCUCACCAAGGCAUUCUCCCUACUCCCAGCCAUUAUAAACCUCCAAUCUCCACCAACCGUCCAUCACAGCUACUGUGCCAAUUUUGUGACAAACGGGGACAUGAGUGA